CCUCCAUGCUUCAUUUGUAAUAUAUAGAUAGAUAGAGAGAUAGAGAUAUAGAAUAUACAAGCUUACACUUCCAAAACUCUUGUGCUCUUUUUGUGCCACUUUUUUAAGCUUACUUCCGUUUACGAAAUUGCUGCCAUUUUGUCGAGUUUGGCAUCCGAGGGAAGGCCGACUAGCAAUAUUGACUUUGGGGGAAUCAAGUGAGCUAGGCCGCACGUGGGCAAAGUUUGGGGAUAAAACAAAACUCACGUGACAGUUGGUAUCAGAGCCAAGUUCGUAUCUAAGCCCAGUUGGUAUUAGAGCACGGUUGAGUUCUUUGGGGAAUUCUUGCUCAACAUUAUGGCCAAAGUUGGUGAGCAAUCCACUUCUACCACUCCUCCCACUCCAAGGGAAGGAGGAAAGGAAAGCAGAAAGGGCCGUAGGGAUAAGUCCCGCGACGUGAUUGGCGCGACGGAGGAAAGGCUAAUCAAGGUGGAGACUGCCAUGUCCAAUUGGUGUGAUAAAAUCAAAGACAUGGACCUUCGCAUCGAGAAGCUAGAGUCCAAGGAGGACGAUGGGGAUCUUCGAGAGGAGAUGCAAGGUGCCUUAAAUGUUCUCGCCAAUAAUUUAGCAAGGGAAAAUGAGGCUCUUAAGAAGUUGCUUGCCCAAUGCUUGGAGAAGGUCGAUAAGCUCGAGGUGGAGCUUAACUUGUGCAAGGCCGCGUUAGCGAAUAGUGAGGGAGCGCAAGUAACAAUGAUGCACAAAGUCGAUGCUCCUAAACCAAAGGCCUACGGUGGGGCUAGGAGUGCAAGGGAGAUCGACAACUUCUUAUGGAGCUUGGAGAGAUACUUCGAUGCAGUGGGCAUAGUGGACGGCGCCACUAAGGUAAAGUCUGUAUCUCUCUACUUAAGCGAUAUUGCUACCAUAUGGUGGAGACACAGGUGCGAGGAUGUGAAAAAAGGCCUUUGCACCAUUAAUACAUGGGAUAAUUUUGUGCGGGAACUUAAGAAGCAAUUCUAUCCCGACAAUGCCGAGAAAGAGGCAAGGUCAAAGCUUCGACGACUCCAACAUAGAGAUGGCUACAUUCGGGAAUAUGUGAAAGAAUUCUCCGAAUUGAUGUUGGCGAUUCCCGACUUGGGAGAGAAAGAAGCAUUCCAUGCAUUCAUCGAUUGUUUGUCUCGAUGGGCUCAAUUAGAGCUAGAGAGGCGAGGUGUGCAAGACCUUGCCACCGCGAUAGCGGUUGCCAAGUCCUUAAUAGAGUUGAAGAAGAAGGACUCAUUCAAGCCAAAGGUAAAGAAGUACGAAGAAAGUGACAAAGGUGGUGGAGAUAGAAGAAAAUAUUCUACCAAGGAUGGCAAGGCUUCGUACAAGGAUAAAGGCAAGUGGAAGAAGGAAGAUAAGCGUAGCUCUUCUCCGAAAAAGCUUACUUGCUUCAUCUGCGACGGAUCUCAUCGUGCUUACGAGUGUCUAAAGCGUGGGAAGUUUGGAGCGUUAGUAAUCACUGAAGAGGAGAAACAAGAAGAAGAACGAAGAAGUGCUUCCCUUUGACUCAUCAAUGCCAUCCAAGCUAAAGUAGAGCAGAAGCCUCAUGGUCGAAUGUACGUGGAGAUUAACAUCGGAGGCAAAAGCAUCCAAGGGUGUACAUGGCAAAGGAGGUGGCCGACUCUAUAGGCCGCCUUAUAAAAAGGAAAAGGGCUUCAUCAAGGGUGUGAAUGCUAAGAGGCUACCUAUCAUUAGCAUAGCGAGAGGGACCAACAUUCGAAUAGGCCAAUGGCAAGGUAAGGUCGAUAUCACCAUUGCUCCUAUUGAUGAUCAACGAUUCUAUCUUGGCAUGGACUUUCUCGACAUGGUGAAGUCGUUCUUAGUUCCUUACGCCAACACCAUGUGCAUAAUGGAGAAUGGCCAACCUUGUGUGGUGCCGAUAAAGAGGGAGCUAAGCCAAGAUAUGAUGGUAUCGACAAUCCAACUCUUUCAAGGGGUAAAAAGGAAGGAGCCAACCUUCCUAGCAAUCCUCAAGGUGGAAGAAGGUCCUCAUGUUGAUGGUGGCACACUUCCAAGCCUUAUCCAAGGCGUGCUUAACGAGUUUAAAGAUGUUAUGCCGCCCGAGUUGCCGAAGAAGCUUCCUCCACGACGAGAGGUGGACCACGAGAUCGAGUUAGAACUGGGAGCCAAACCACCCGCCUUUGCACCCUAUCGAAUGACGCCUCCGGAGCUAGAGGAACUAAGGAGGCAACUCAAGGAGCUACUUGAUACAGGCUACAUAAGGCUAUCCAAAGCUCCAUAUGGUGCGCCAGUCUUGUUUCAGAAGAAGCACAACGGUUCUCUUCGGUUAUGCAUAGACUACCGUCCGCUAAACAAGAUCACAAUUAAGAAUAAGUACCCCAUUCCUAACAUUGCCGAUAUCUUCGAUCAACUUGGUGGUGCCAAGUGAUUUACCAAGUUGGAUUUGCGGCCUGGGUACUAUCAAGUACGCAUUUCUGAGGGACAUGAGCCAAAGACAGCAUGCGUGACGAGAUAUGGAUCAUACGAGUUCCUUGUCAUGCCCUUUGACCUCACAAAUGCACCGACUACAUUCUGUACACUUAUGAACAAGUGUUCAAAGCCUUGCGAGAUAAUGAACUCUACGUCAAGAAGGAGAAAUGUUCCUUUGCCCAAAGAGAGGUGGCAUUCCUUGGGCAUAUCGCUGGCGAUGGAAAGUUAAGGAUGAAUGGUUCAAAGGUGAAGGCAAUCCAAGA